GCAUAACGCGCACUAAAAUAUGUUCUCUCGCGUUACAACUAAAAAAAUUUCAUACGAAAAAGUUAAAAAUUAAACUUCUAACUAUUUAUUUGAUUGCAUCAAAAAAACUAUUUACUUGAUUAGGGGUUCAAAUCCAUUAUAGCUUAAACUAAUUUUUUUUGGUGGAGUAGCUUAAACUAAUUUAUUGCUGGUAAUUUGUAUAAUUUUUAUAUUAAAAUAAAUGAAAUAUCUUAUCAUAAACAAGUUUCAACUUGGGUGCAGCAUUUAAGUUAUUGUUUUUUAUUAUUAUUUUGUUUCUACAAUUUUCUCUCUCAUUUCCUUCUUCUUCAACAAUCUCUCUCUCUCUCUCUCUAAAUCAAACCCUACAUACACGGGAUCGCUCCGCUUUGACUCACCGAGUUUCUUACUUUUUCAGCUCAUCUUUAUUCCCAUGGCUUGAGGUAAAAUUCCCAUCUUUUUCAGCUCAUCUUCACCUUGAGAUUCCCACACCAUUCUUUGUUCAACAAUCUCCUGUUAACUCUAAAUCUAGUUCAUCAUUUUCCUUCAUUGAAUUUUGCUGAUUUUGGAAACUCUUGUUCCAAUUUGAUCAUAACCUCACUUUACUUUUCUGAUCUGGGUCUUGUAAAAAUCAGAUCUUUUUAUCAAAUUUAAGGUCUUUCUUUGUUUUGCAAUUCUGGGUCUGUUUAGAUUUAUAGUAAUUUCAAUCCCAUCAAAUUGAAGUGUUUGUAAGCAAGAAAUAAACAAAACAAGGUUUUUGGUCUUGUUUUGUGUCAUGAUGAGGAACAAGAAUAGAUACUUUGUUUUUGUUCCAUUGUUUUUGUGCUUGGUGUUAGCUAUUGAACUUGUUCUAGCACAAGAUUUUAAGCCUACCGAUAAAAUCUUGUUGAAUUGUGGUGGCCCUGCUGUUAGUACUGAUCCUGAUGGCCGUGAAUGGACUACUGAUAAUGGUUCCAAGUUUGGUUCCUCAACUGGUAAAUCAACCACAUCACAGGCUGCAACUCAAGAUCCUGCAGUGCCUCAGGUUCCAUAUAUGUCGGCACGGAUUUUCCAAUCGCCUUAUACAUAUAGUUUUCCGGUGGCUUCGGGUUGGAAGUUCCUCCGGUUGUACUUUUAUCCGGCUUCUUAUUCCGGGCUUAAUAUAUCUGAUGCACGGUUUGGUGUGACAGCGCAAUCCUACACUGUGCUUAGGAAUUUCAGUGUUUUAGAGACCAGUUUGGGUUUGAAUUAUGACUACAUUGUGAAGGAAUACUCUAUCCAUGUUGAUGAGGGAACCUUGAAUGUGACUUUUACUCCAUCUACUAGUGCAUCUAAAGCCUAUGCAUUUGUUAAUGGGAUUGAAGUUGUGUCCAUGCCGGAUAUUUAUACUUCUACCGAUGGAACCACCAUGAUUGUUGAUACAAAUACUCCCUUCACCAUUGACAACAGCACUGCACUUGAGAAUGUUUAUAGGGUAAAUGUGGGUGGGAAUGAUAUCUCGCCGUCCCAUGAUACUGGCAUGUUUAGGUCAUGGACCGAUGAUGUGCGUUACAUCUUUGGGGCCGCAUUUGGAGUUACCGAGACUGCUGAUCCAGAAGUUAAGUUUGAGUAUCCUCCGGGCACACCGUCUUAUAUAGCUCCGAAAGAUGUCUACUUGACGGCCAGAUCAAUGGGCCCGAAUGCCAAUAUCAGCUUGAAUUUCAACUUGACUUGGAUUUUCUCAAUUGAUUCUGGGUUUUCCUAUCUUGUGAGACUUCAUUUUUGUGAGGGCACGACGACUAUAACCAAGAUUAAUCAAAGAGUAUUUGAUAUAUACCUCGGCAAUCAAACCGCUCAGGAUGGAGCUGAUGUUAUUGGCUGGGCAGAUAAAUUUAACCUUCCACAUUCAAACGGUGUUCCGGUGCAUCAAGAUUAUGUUGUAUUUGUUCCCAGUGGCCCACCGCGGCAGGACCUGUGGCUUGCACUGCAUCCAGAUACAGCUUCUAAGUCCAAUUACUACGACGCAAUCUUGAAUGGCGUAGAGAUAUUCAAAAUCAGUGAUAGUAAAGGUAAUCUGGCAGGGACAAACCCUCCUCCUCUGCCGAUGCAAGACUUAAUUGACGUGUCAUUGGCUAGGAAAUCUAGUCAUGGUAAAUCUAAGAGUCAUACAGGAAUUAUUGCUGGAGGUGUUGCUGGAGGAGUUGUUUUACUACUUUUGAUUGGACUAUUUGCUUUUGGUACAUCUCGUCGCCGUAGGAAUGGAAAAGACUCUAGUACAAGUGAAGGGCCGUCUGGCUGGCUUCCACUUUCUCUUUAUGGUAAUUCACACUCUGCAGCUUCUGGCAAGACCAACACGACUGGAAGUUACACAUCCACUCUUCCGUCAAACCUUUGUCGUCAUUUCUCAUUUGCUGAAAUCAAGGCUGCUACAAACAACUUUGACGAGGCUUUGAUUCUUGGUGUGGGAGGAUUUGGCAAGGUUUACAAAGGAGAAAUUGACGGUGGAUCAACCAAAGUUGCAAUUAAACGUGGUAAUCCACUCUCCGAGCAGGGUGUACACGAAUUCCAAACUGAAAUUGAGAUGCUCUCCAAACUUCGUCACCGUCACCUUGUUUCACUGAUUGGAUACUGUGAAGAGAACACUGAAAUGAUCCUUGUCUAUGAUCAUAUGGCAUAUGGAACACUCAGAGAGCAUCUAUACAAGACUCAGAAACCUCCACUUCCAUGGAAGCAAAGGCUCGAGAUAUGCAUUGGAGCUGCUCGUGGUUUACACUAUCUUCACACCGGCGCUAAGCAUACUAUCAUCCACCGAGACGUGAAGACAACAAACAUUUUACUAGAUGAGAAAUGGGUGGCCAAGGUUUCUGAUUUCGGAUUGUCUAAAACAGGUCCUACAUUGGAUAAUACUCAUGUAAGUACUGUGGUAAAGGGUAGUUUUGGUUACUUGGAUCCAGAAUACUUCAGGAGGCAGCAACUGACCGACAAAUCCGAUGUGUACUCAUUUGGUGUGGUUCUAUUCGAGAUACUGUGCGCUCGUCCGGCUUUGAACCCAACACUUGCUAAGGAGCAGGUAAGUCUAGCUGAAUGGGCAGCUCAUUGCUACAAAAAAGGCAUUCUUGACCAAAUCACGGAUCCUUAUCUGAAGGGCAAGAUAGCUCCAGAAUGUUUUAAGAAGUUUGCUGAGACUGCAAUGAAGUGUGUGAACGACCAAGGCAUUGAAAGGCCAUCCAUGGGUGAUGUCUUGUGGAACUUGGAAUUUGCUUUGCAGCUGCAAGAAAGUGCAGAGGAGAGUGGCAACGGUUUUGGUGGAAUAUGCGGUGAAGAGGAGCCGUUGUUUGUAGAUUCAAAAGGAAAGAAGGAGUUGGAUGCAGGUUAUGACGGUAAUGUGACGGACUCUAAAAGCAGUGGCAUGUCUAUGAGCAUUGGAGGUAGAAGCUUGGCUAGUGAAGACUCUGAUGGGUUAACUCCUAGUGCUGUUUUUUCACAGAUCAUGAAUCCAAAAGGACGUUAAGGUUCAUCAGAAUUCCUUACAAGGUCAAAUAUUCAAGUUGGGUAGUGCAAUUUGAUUUAAGCAAAUCUGAACUUUACUUGUUAAUUUUCCUAAUAUUAUUAUUACUAUUACUACUACUAUAGUAAAAUUAUUCGUUUUGUAAUAUUGUUUCUGAUUCAUUAUUAUGAGUAUCUAAGUUGUAAUAUCUGGACAUAGAAGAUUGAAGAGCAAAUGUUUUACACGAGA